AUGAAAAAGAAAACGGCCAAAGUCCAAAAAUCCAAAUGCAAUGUAUCGAAGAUGAUAAACAAGUAGUGGAAUAUGAAUUCUGAUUGACAUUUCUUCCAUCCCCAUUUCGUCUCAAUACCCAAUUUUCGUACCCAAAUUUUUAAACAAAUUUCUUGAAUUUCUUCGGUCUUCAGUCUUCACCCAUUAAACCAAAACUCUUUCUUCUUCGCAUCACAAUUUGAAUCUGUGUUGAUUUUCAAAAUUUGACUCUUCAUUUUUCUUUCGUUGAUUUCAUGGAGAUCGAUAAAGCAAUUAGGGAUUGCAGUGAUCGAAGGCUUAAGACAAAGUACAACAACGCAGUUUAUGUCAUUCAGAGAGCUCUUGCUCUUUACAAUAUUGAAGAGGUAGCUUUCAGCUUCAAUGGAGGGAAGGAUUCAACUGUCUUGUUGCAUCUACUAAGAGCUGGAUAUCAUCUACAUAAAGAGGAACAAGAAAGUAAUAAUGGAAAUGUUGCACAUGAUCAAUGCAAAUUCCCAAUAAGGACAAUAUAUUUUGAGAGCCCCAGUGCUUUCCCGGAAAUAAACUCAUUCACUUACGACACAGCUGCUGCCUAUAAAUUGCAAUUGGACAUCAUUCGUGAGGAUUUUAAAUCUGGUCUGGAAGGUUUAUUGAAGACCAAGCCUAUAAGAUCCAUUUUUCUAGGUGUCCGAAUAGGCGAUCCUACGGCAGUAGGUCAGGAGCAGUUCUCUCCCAGUUCUCGUGGUUGGCCACCUUUUAUGAGAGUGAAUCCCAUCUUAGAUUGGUCUUAUAGAGAUGUCUGGGCUUUUCUAUUGACUUCCAAGGUACCGUACUGCAGCCUGUAUGAUCAAGGAUAUACCUCUAUUGGUAGUAUAUAUGAUACAGUUCCAAACAAGCUGCUAUUUGUUAGUAAUCCCUCUGGCGGUGAAGUGAAAUACAGGCCAGCACACAUGCUUGCAGAUGGAAGAUCAGAAAGAGCUGGGAGAGCAAGGAAAUCUACUCAAGGGUCCCACAGUAGUAUGUCUUUGAGCAACGGAGCUGCUGAUAUUGAAGCACAUCAAUCUUGUACCCCCACAGCUGCAGUUAUUGGUGUUGGCGAUGAGAUUCUAUGUGGAAGUGUUGAGGAUCCUAUAGGUCCUUCAUUACGUCAAAAACUGCAUGACAUUGGCUGGGCUGUGACUCAAUCGAGUAUCCUCCGAAACGAUAUUGAUUCUGUUGCUGAAAGUAUAGAACGACAAAAAUCUAUUAAUGACAUGGUUUUUGUCUAUGGUGGGAUUGGUCCUUUGCAUUCAGAUGCUACUCUUGCUGGCAUUGCAAAAGCAUUCGGUGUCCGUCUGGCUCCUGACGAAGAGUUUGAAGAAUACCUUACGAACAUAAUGGGUUACCGCUGUACUGGUGAUAGGAAUGAGAUGGCGCAACUACCAGAGGUUAUAACUGAGUUGUUGCAUCAUGAAAAGCUUCCUGUACCUUUGAUGAAGUGUCAGAAUGUAGUCAUAUUCAUGGCAACAAAUCUAAUAGAGCUGGAAAAUGAAUGGAAAUGCUUGAUUGAGCUUGCUACUUCUACUGGGCUUCUGAUGUUGACAAAACCUUUUUCUUCAAAGUAUUUGACAACCACUCUUUCAGAAGUAGAAGUUGCUCAACCAUUGGCAGCUCUGCGUAUUCACUUUCCUGAUUUGUAUGUUGGGUGUUAUCGAAAAUCUAGGCGUGGCCCUCUUGUGAUUACUGUAGAAGGAAAGGAUGAAGGCAAAGUGCAGUUGGCCUCUGAAGCCGUCCUGAAGAAGUUUAAUCCAGGGGCAUUUUCUGAAACCAUUUAAUGUUCAGACAUCUACUUCCUCCAUUAUUGUCACUAAAAAAAUUGAAUUGUGGCAACAAGAUUCAACUUUAUGUUAUCUUCUAACAAUGACUGUACGUGUUUGGGCCGUGGAAAGCGUGUCGAAUCUUAAUCUCAUUUCCGACAAGUAUGGCAGAUAUAGAAAACCCUAAGAUUCAAAGGAAAACAAGAAAUCUACGAGGGGACAGAAGAUGGUUGUUCCAUAAUCAAUCUCAAAGGCAAAGAGAGUAUAACAAGUAGCUUUUUAAUUUAUUGAAGUUUAUUUUUUUGGGCUUUCCAACCCUGGAGCACCAUAUGAUUAGUGCUGACAUGAUAAUAAGGCAGGUGAAACAUUAGAUUACUUGUUAUUUAGUGCACACACUUUCCUGUUGUACUAAUUUUCGACUGGACAUCAUAUAUUCGUUGGAGCAGUCUUAGAUGAGCUUAAAAGCUGAGCUAAGAUUAUGCAGUUACUGGAAAUUGAAUAAAUAUGACUCCUUUUAAAA